CUUUAAAGAUAAAACAUUCACGAGUAAAAGAAGUACAGGUGGACAAGCUUCUUAUUACAGAGUUUAUCGGUAAUAAAAAAUGACUGUUCACAUUCAAGUGGUCCUCUUGGGUAUCCUUUCCUGUCUUAUAUCAGAAAAUGACGCAAAUGAUAUGUAUACCUUCAAAAAGGGAGAUGAUAGUAUAUUUUACUACAAAUAUUAUUACUAUGCAGAAGAGGCAGCAAAAAGUAAAAUGAGUACAGGCGAAAUAGUAGGACUCGUCUUUGGAAUCAUAGGGGGUUGUCUUGUGUUCGUGUUUCUCUGUGUUUGCUGCAUUGUUUGGUGUGUCCGCAGUAGUGAACCCAGAGGAGCGCCCCCCGGGCGAAUGUCAAACUUCAACCUGUCUCCACAGACUCGGAGGAGAGAACGCACGCUAGGAGAAGUUCCGAGAAGAGUGGGUGAAUUGAGAAUUGUUCGAAUUUUUGGAAUUCGUGUGCAAGGACCGGAAGAAGGGGCUUCAAAUCCCACAAUGCCGCCAGAAUACAGCGAAGUGGCGAAGAAUCAACCGCCAUCUUAUGAAGAAGCGACCUCUGGUGGAAUAGUAAAUCCAGGUUGUGGAAUGUCAAAUCCAAGUGAUUCAUCACAUUUCCAAGAUACAAGAACAAUUGACUCUAAUGCAUAAUAGUCAUGUCAUUUAAGAGAGAGAGAGAGAGAGAGAGAGACAGAGAAAGAGAGAGAGCGAGAGUUAUAUUUAUAAUGCAUGAUAUUAAUAUGCCAUUUAGGAGAGAGAGAGAGAGAGAGGAGAGAGAGAGAUCAUGGUAAUGCGAUUGCAAUGAAGUAUUGUUUAUAUUGUUUUGUGUAUACCAGUUUCAAAAAGUAAGGUUCCUUGCCACAUGAACUUGACAGUUGAAAGUGAAAAUAAAAGGAAGAUCCUUUUAAGAGCUCUACAGUUCACAUUUUAGGACUUAGAAUUUCAGUAUGAAGGUAGAUUUAUUUAAUAUUUCAGAUAAAAAUGGUGAGGAAAUACUUUCUUGUCGGUAUGUUUUCAUUAAUUCUGGUUAGAAAUUGCAAACUUAUAAUCUUUCUUACACAUAAUUGUAUUUUAUAAUUUUUGUAAAUAAAGUCACAUCUGUGUAAGAGUUUGCAGGCGCGGAUCCAGAAUUUUUUUCGAUAACUUCUAAUGCUUCAAACCAUUGACUAACUUUUCAUACCAAUUUAA